GCACUAAAACCAACGCAAUUGCUGAAUUCAUUGCUAUGAACUGCCUGUCUCCAUUUAAAAAUACAUUAGAGGAAAUGCAAGAUUUUGAUUUAAAUUGGACUAUUCCAAAACAUUAUAACUCUACAAUUAAUACUUUGACUAUCCCUUGGAGGUAUCAAACCGGAAAAGAACUUGAUGGGUAUCCAUAUACUGCUAGUUUAGACACCUACUAUGGUGGAGGUUAUGUCAUAGAAAUAUUUUCUAAAUGGAAAAAUAAGCUUAUACUUGAUCAAGCAAAAAAGCAUAGAUGGAUUGAUAGACAAACACGAGCUAUAAUAAUUGAGUUUGCCUUGUUUAAUGCUGCUACUAAUUGUUUCAACAUGGUUACUAUGGCUUUAGAAUUUUUAGCUUCUGGUGGAGUUGUUCCUAAUUUCUCUGUUUUAACGUUCAAUGUGUAUGCCUCAGUGACUGGAUCAAAGACUAUGUUUGGUUUCCAUAUUUUGUUUAUCUUAAUGACUAUCAUAUUUACAUUUCGAGAAUCUCGCUUUAUAUAUCAAGCUGGUUGUAAAUACUUUGUGAAGUUUUGGAAUUUAUUAGAGGUUUCAUUGAUAAUUCUUUCUUUUAUUGCUGUGGGACUGUUCUUUUAUAAAGAUUAUUUUGCUAAACUUUUAUUAAAGCGACUCACAGAAAAAAAACCACAGGUGUUUAUCAACUUUCAGUUUGCAUCUUACUGUGAAAUGGUAUAUGUAUGCGUUGUUUCACUAAUAGUUUUUCUUGUGACAAUAAAGUUCAUUAAACUUUUGCAGUUCAAUCAUCAUAUUUCAAUGAUAUCUUAUACUUUAAAAGCUGCUUGGUAUCCUUUAUCGAUGUUUGGAAUUGUGUUUUUUAUAAUUUUGUGUUCUUUUGUUAUUUUUUGCAAUGUUGCUUUUGGUAAAUUUUUUUUUUUUAACCUGUUGCUUUUGGUAAAUUUUUUUUUUUAACCUGUUUGUAUUGUAAAAGUUCAAUAACAAGUAAUUACUCUCGAGUCCUUAGAACAUAGAGAGGAGGAACGUUUAUUUUUUUUCCCCACCUUAAG